AAAAAUGUCUGGCUGUAACGUUACCUAGCGUAACCUUUCUAAAAAGAUUCAGUCAUAGUUACAAUAUUUAUAUAGUUGAUGCUAAAAGCUAGCAUCAGUAGUUUUAGCGUAAGUUAGCCGUUCGGCAAAGACGAGGAAACUUUCAGAAAUGAUGCUAUUGUUGAGUUUGCAGGAGGGAAUAGUUGUAGCAUUUUAACUUAAAGAACAUCUGCUAACAGUCCUCAGAGAAAGUGCUUAUUUCACUUUUUAUACACUUUAUAACAGAAAUACGAAAGUACCGUGAAUUUGGUUUGAAUAACAAUUUGGCAGAACGUCGGAUCGGACGCUGGUCUUAUUUAGUUUGCUAUGUUUUGUUGUUGUUUGUUUGUUUUUAUAGAUGUCUACAUGUGCCUUUUAGAUGUUUUAUAACUUCUUUUUGUGUCAGUGAAAUAACAUGUCACGACAGAUGGGAGAAAGCCAUCGAAGGUUUCUUCAGACCAUGAUGGUCAGUGGAGUAAUCGAUGAGCAAGCUGCAAAGGCUCUUUAUCAAUACUGCUGUGAAACGCACCACACACAGUAUGCACCCGACAAGCUGGAAGAUUUUAUUGAUACUAUCAACUCAAGACUGCAGCCAAUGUUCAUGCAGAUUAGGAAAGGGAUGUCUGAAAAUAACGGUCUGCAGUACUAUGCCUUGGUGAACAUGGCUGAAACUGACAUCACCAGGAUGUCGUCAGAUUAUGCCGACAAUGAACUUGAGCUCUUCAGGAAAACAUUGGACCUCAUCGUGUGCUCUGAGAAUGGCAAGGCUUCCUCUACUGAUAUUCUGAACAGCACAGACUCCAUGACCACCAGAAAGAUGAAGAAGAGCGAAACGGAGCACCUGUUGAGCCGAUUAGUGCACGACAAAUGGCUCAGUGAGAAACGGGGCGAAUACACCUUGUCCACCCGGUGUAUCAUAGAGAUGGAGCCUUAUAUUCGCACAAUGUAUCAAGACCAUAUCAAAGUGUGCCACAUCUGUCGUAACAUCGCUUUCCAGUGCCAAAUCUGUGAGAAUCCUACAUGUGGCAUAAAAAUACACAACCCAUGUGUGGCCAGAUACUUCAAAGGCAAAUCGGAGCCACGUUGUCCUUCUUGUGAUGACUUCUGGCCACAUGAAAUCCCUGAAGUGAAACGUCCUCAUUCACAAUCCAGGAGAUGAAGGCUUCAUCAAUAGUCUUUCUUAAUGGUUUAUUAAUAUAAUAUAAAUGUCUUUAUUGUUUUUGCUUUUAUACAUACAAAAUAAAAGAUUGUUUCA